CUUGCGCCGGAGCCGUAGGUCACUAUGAGUGACGCACUCAUUUCAGCCACAUCAGCCUUGUCGAUCAGCGCACAGCACCCAUCAGAAAAAGCUGAAGUUCAUCCCGCUGGUUCUCUUGUGCUCCUGGGAGACUCGGAUUUUGUUGGAAGAAAUGAAGUUUGGAAAACACUAACGUUGCCUAAUCUACCUGUGUGUCCUUUCUCGAUCAAGCCCUGUGAAGGUGGGAAUUUUGUAUUCACACCUAAUUUCAAGCCGUCUUCCACCAGUUUAUUUCCUGCAGCAUCUGGGGAGCUUUUGGAUGGAACCCUUCGUGCACUUCAACCGAUUACUGCUGAAGAGUCAAAAGUUGUCUAUCAAGCUACCGUUGUCUUGAACGAUCAAAAGAUUCACUGUGAACCAGGAGACAGCGUGGCGUUGUUGUGCUCAAAUUCGUCUGUUGAUGUUGAUUGGCUAUUGAAGCGUGUUGACCUGGACCCAUUAACCAGUGAAGACCAGCCCUUUAUUCUACAGCCAACGCUCAACAAACCUAUCCCAGCUUGGCUUCUACCAGGCAUCCCCACCACAGCCCGCCUGCUCCUAACUCACUGUUGUGAACUCCAUAUUCCUGUUUCACGUCGUAUCAUCCGCUUGUGCGCCGAAUUCUGCGCUACGGAUUCACAACAAGCUACUCGCUUGCGCGAGCUUUGCAGUCGUGAGUACACCGAGCUUUUUGACAAGUACGUCCGUCUUCAGAAUAUGACCUUACCUGACCUGUUGCAUCUAUUUCCGGCCUGUCGCUUAACUCUGGUUCGUUUGCUCGAAGUUCUGCCUCGACUACAGCCCCGUCCAUAUACGCUUAUUAGUCUACAUGAAGGUACGGCGCGUACUGGACGAGAAACAGAAAAUCAACAGCUACAGUUCAUUUUCACGCGAGUAGACUUUGGUGUUGAACGUUGUGAGGCCAAUGGUGGAAUCUCACGGUACCCGCAUCGGACACACGGCGUAUGUACGGGGUGGCUGGAACGGAUAUGGUCGUCGAAUGCUGGUCCUUCGAUUCAGCUGUACCUGCGGUGCAACUUGAAUGGAUUUCGCCUACCAGCUGAUCCUGAACAACCAGUCAUAAUGAUUGCAGCGGGUACUGGCCUGGCACCAUUCAUCAGCUUCAUAAGAAAACUUCGCAGUCUUGGCGAAGCUGCGCGUACAUCUGGUGAAUCACCUUUAUGGCUUAUCUUCGGUUGCCGCUCCCCAAAGAGCCUCGCGUUUCUCGAAGAACUUACAAGCUCUGUUCGUGACAAGGUCUUACACCGUUGGUGCCUAUGCUUUUCUCGACACGUGGAGGCCUCUGAUUCCGCCGCACCUUACUGUUUGCACACCAGUGCUCGGUAUGUACAAGAAUGUAUUUGUCCCUCGGUGGAUGGAUCCCCGUUGACCGGACAUCAGACUGAGUUGGCCAAUUGGAUUUUACACCGAAAAGCCCGAAUUAUGGUUUGUGGUGAAGCCCGUGCUAUGGCGCCGGCGGUUCGUGAAGCCUUCGCCACUAUACUAACGAAGGCGUUGACGGAAAAAUUCUCUGAUCUCUGUCCUACUGAACCAGCUUUGUUAAGUGGUAGGGACUACGUGGAGAAGAUGCGACAAGAUGGAAGGUACAUAGAGGACAUAUGGACGUGAAAGGCACAGCGUUUUUCUACAUACUUUAUGUACAUCAUCAUCGACAGCAUGACAUCAGGGUUCAACACUGAUGCUUCGCUGCCUCAUGUACAUAACUUUCUUCGCGUUACUUCUGGUGCAAAAAUCGACCAAAUGAAAAUGUAUUUCCGCAAUAAUACCGCUUCCUAUGUGCUGUCUUUGAAAAUUGUAAUGUUUCCAUACCCG